CUGGUCACUUGUUGAGCUGAGAGCAACGCGCACACAGGAAACCACACGUUCAAAAACUCAUUUUGGGAAAGUAUUUUCUGAGGAAACUCAUUUGUCCUUGUUUUAAACAUUUUGUUUGUUUAAUAACAGAAACUUUUUCUGUUAUUGUGCACUCUUGCCUGGGUGUCUGUGUGUCUGUGUGUGUCUUCUGGACCGCCCAGUAAUAGACUGCAGCUGUUGAUCUGGACUGUAAAGAACCUCCAGAGCAGAACAUUACGCGCAUCACAAGUGGUGAGUGACCAUGUCAAGUGAAGAAACACAAAUUAAAGCAGAGCCUGUGCAGGAGAAGAUGCAGGAGAAGAUGCAGGAUGAAGGUCCAGCUGCAGCAGCGCAGGCGUCUGGGAGCAGCGGCUCUGCAGCCAGGGAGAAAGCUCUCUCCUGCCGCUCUCUCCUCCUCACUGGGUACGGGGGCUACGACAAAGUGAAGCUGCAGGUGAAGACGCUGAGUCCGCCGCAGCUGCAGGCGGGAGAAGUACUGGUGCGGGUCAAGGCGUGCGGGCUCAACUUUGCCGAGCUGAUGGGCAGACAGGGGCUGUACGACCCCCUCCCACCCCCGCCGGUCAUCAUGGGAAUGGAGGGAGCUGGGAUCAUCGAGGCGGUCGGGAAGGAUGUGGAGGAUAAGAAAGUGGGAGAUCGCGUCAUUGCAAUGAGCCGCAGUGGCAUGUGGCAGGAGUUUGUUGUCGUGUCCAAUGAGCGCACCUUUCUCAUGCCCGACCAGAUGAGCUUUGAAGAAGGGGCCGCGAUUCCUGUGAACUACUUAACGGCCUACAUGAUGCUAUUUGACAUGGCCAACCUGAAGCCGGGCAAGAGCGUGCUCAUACACAUGGCCGCAGGUGGUGUUGGUAUCGCUGCCACCCAGCUGUGUCGGACGGUGCCCGACGUGACUGUUUUCGGCACGGCCUCAGCCGCCAAACACGAGACCAUUUCCCAAGGCGGCGUUACUCACCCCAUUGACUACCGUACCAAAGACUAUGCGGAGGAAAUCCACAAAAUUAGCCCAAAGGGUGUGGACAUUGUCCUCGACCCACUUGGUGGCUCAGACACCCAGAAAUCCUUUAACCUGUUAAAACCCAUGGGAUCCCUUAUAGUUUUUGGUGCAGCUAACUGUGUGACGGGUCAGAAGCGGAGCCUGCUGGCCUUGGCAAAGAUCUGGUACAACCAGCUCUCUCUCAGCGCCUUGAAACUGAUGACGACCAACAAGGCCAUUGGUGGCUUCCACCUCGGUUACAUAACUGAUGAGCAACUUUUCCGCGGGGCGAUGGCGAAGCUGCUGGAGCUGUACAAUCAGGGAAAGAUCAAGCCCCACAUCGACUCUUGCCAUCACUUUGAGGAGGUCGUCAAUGCCAUGAGGCGCAUGCACGAGCGCCAAAAUAUUGGGAAAGUCAUCCUUCUUCCUGAACCCAAGAAAGAGGAAAAAGAGAAACCGAAGUCCAAAGCCGAGCUGGGAGAACAUGCGGAGAAAGCGGAAACUGCCGCCAACAACAAGAAGGAGAAGGUCGCACAGGAAGUUAAAGCAGAGAAUGAUUGAGUACGAGUUCUUAAUCUGUGUUGCACUUCCUCACCGAGCUAUCCCAUUGUUUUUAAAACGUUCAUGGAAAAGGGAGAGAAAUGAGCAGGAGAGCAGGAUGCCAUGAAUCAGUAUUUUUCCAGUUGUGUCGUGCAAUAUGUCCGUGUUUGUAAUGCUUUAGAUAACAUUUUGAAUAAAAGCUCACAUCACCUGAGGUGUAAAGUAUUGUCGCCCUGGCUCAGGAAAACAUGUUGCCAAUAUCAAUAUCUGCUUUUUGUAUUAUUAUUCCCGAGUUAGUUCACGUAUAGAGCGAUGUUUUUAAGUCGAAACUACGAGUAGAGCGUAUAUUAUUCAGUGAUCUAGCGAAACAUUUCUGAUUUUGAAGCAUUGAGCCCUUCCUCCAAUAGAGUUUACUGUCAGCUUUAUGAAGUUUGAGGCAUUUUAACAAGAAGAUAAUAAUCUAAUAUUCUUGCUUCACUAAUUAACUUGCUUGUCUUUAGAAGGAUUUUCAUAAGAGAGGAGCUUUUUUUCUAUUAUUUGUCUAAAGGAAAGUCAAAUGACUACAUUUGUAAAAUUGUGACACAAAAAUAUACUCUGUGUAUCUUUUAUACAUAUAACUAUACUGUGUAUUCAUACUGGCUCUGCCUCUCGCUACAUAAAAAGAUAAGACUAUAAAUAAAUAAAAUAUAAAAUAAAUAAAAAAAGUACUUCAGCGGCUCUUUGUGUGUAGGUGGAUGUGUUGUGAGGUUUGAUCAUUUCGGGGUGUGUAUCAGUUAAUUGUGUUCUUCAUCUGUAUUUAGGCAGAUUGAGAUGCUCUAAUGAAACAUCUGGAAUAACAAUAAUAAUAAUUAGAACAUGUGUUUUUCCCCACAUGUAUGUGUUGAAGGGAGAACAAUAAUUGAGAAUCAUUGACUCAGCGUUCGCGCAGAGAAAGCAUAUUCACAUGCUUUUACUCUUUUGUUGUUUUCAGACACAGAGUCUUCGUCGGAAAACGAUGGCGUCUGCUUUGCUGUUUUCUCACAUGUUUAUGCUGAAUUUCUGCCUUUUACAAUGCUGACCAAGUCAACUGAGGGAAACAUUUAGCAGAACUUCCCGCCUUGGCAAAGGCUCCUGGGUUUUCUUCUAAACAAUGUCAUGCACUUGAGAUAAUACUGUGAUGCAAAACAACACACACACACACACACAGAAGCAGAGUGUUUUUUUUCCUUGAACUUUGUCCUGUUUGUCAAAGAGCUGUUGACCUGAGCUGCUUUCUUAAUAAUAUUCGUCUUCUAUAUUCUGUAUACAGAAAGUGCUGUUGGUUAAAAAGCUAUUCAUUAAACUGGGUCGAGACUGC